CACAGGGGCUUCUCAUGACAAGUUGCUCUGGUGCAUUUGUUAGUUGGCUGGUGAAACUUCAGGUUUAAAGCAUCUCUUCACUGUAGGUCCUCUGAAAGGGAUCCGACCAGGAGUUUUACAGAGCGAGGAAAUAAUUCAAAACAAGUACAUAAAAGCUGAGGAGAAGAAGCAAGUAGCCAUGGCUGUUACCCCACAGCGUUGCCCUUUUGUUGGUGUGGACAGGGCUUGCUCUACCAUGUGACCGGCACAUGUUUAACGACAUUAUUCACUGCAAGUGCCUGCCGGACUUUGAGAAGACCAUGGAGAUGAUGGACUACCAGACCAGCUGCCCGUGGCCCAUCGUGAAACUCUCCUACCACACACUGAAUGUUUGUGUGUCCCACUGGGCCGUAUUAACGUCGUGCAGGGGAAUUUCGGUGGAUGACAUGUACUUCGACAUCCAUCAGACGUACUUCUCCCUGUGUGACACCGUCCAGGAUCCCCCGCUUUUCUCCCUCCUCAUGCUCAUAGUGCCAGGCAUCGUUGUCGUGCUCUUCCUGCCCUUUCUUUGCAACUGCCUCACUACUGGGAAUAAAGAGAUGCCUGGCACUCUGGGACUCUAACGCACUGAGCUCAGUUCUGAAGACAUACCACACACACACACACACACACACACACACACACACACACACACACACACACACACACACACACACACACACACACACACACACACACACACACACACUUUUUUUUAAGGUGAAUGUGUAUAACAUACUAUCCCUAAACAGGAAGUGCUCAGGGGACACAUGGCAUCACCGCACAUGUUAUAAGCUUCUGUUUGUAUGUAAUUAUCGAUGAACCGGACAUUUCAUUCUGGAGCAGAAGGCUCCUUUUGCAACUAUAUUUUCAACUUGGCAUAUCCUAGUCACCUUGAUUGAGUCGCAAAUUAUUCCUGGCAUGUCUUCAAGCCUGCUCGGUGUGCCAAACAAGUGGGGAUAACCCCGGCAGGACACAACACCAAGUUCAAGACAAUCCAGAUAAAAUCAGGUAUAUUUACCUGUCGUUGAAAGUAUAUUUAAAGUAUACUAAACUGACUCUCAAACACUUGCCUGUGAUUGUAUAAACUGUCAGGGAAUAUUAGUUACCUACAUGGAAAAUCACACCCACCUGGUAUGUAACCUUAACAAACAAAUAUAAUGUUUAAAUACUAUUUUUCCCUUGUCUGGUACACAAGGCUCCCUUACCACAAACUCAUAUGGGCACGUGCAGUUUACAUCAAACAGCGUCUGAAAAAUAUGUGCUGUAAUUUCAAUUGUACUUUUGCUUUUGGAAUGAAAACAGAGCCACGGUAUAUAUUUGAAACACAUAAUAAAUAUUUA